CUUUAUUUCAUCAUCCCAUCCAAUUCCAUCUCAUCCCAUCCACCUUCUCCUCAACCACAACCCACUCUGGCCAAAUAGUGCGCGCACACACACACUGGACAAUCUUCUCCCUGAUACUCUUCUUCAUCCUACUUUUGUCUUCCAUCUUACUCCUAUUGCCAGCUGUCAUCCUCCGCCUUGAUAAUUCUCAAUCAUCGCAGCUGCGACAACCCACAGCUUCGAACCCCUAAUCUUCCCAUAACCAUCAUCUGCAAUUCCUCAUCCAAACAUGUCGGCAGAUAACCUGAAUCCUGAUGCCCUUCCGGCACAUAUCGAUGCCUCCCAAGUCAGUGAUGACCUAUCAACUCCUGCCACCAACGGCACUGCCACUCUCCAGGAGACCCUGGUCAACAGUAAGUUUCAUCUCAAUACCAUCCGCCGUCCAUUCUCUUUCUCACCUCGUUUAGGCACCUCAUCCGCAGUAAACACCGUCAAAGACCAUCCUGUCACACAAAAUCUGGUCAAUGGUAAAUCCUCCAGACCCGACACACACAUCAUCCAUUGGCUAAAUCAUGUUCCAGGCCCGGUGGCUGCAUCUAUCAAGAACGAGGCAGAAGCCACUUCUUCCGAGUUCAAUGACCUUGCCAGCUCCCGUCAAACUCCUUCCUACGCUGCUGCAAACGACACCCCCCUGACCCACUACCACUCUUUCUUCUAUACCCUUCUGAGCUGGAAGAACAAACGUGCCACUGGAAUCACAUUCCUCUCUGUCGUGGCUCUGAUUUUUGCAUGCCGAUAUCUUCCAGUCCUGCGAUACUCGCUCAAAUUGACUUGGUCGGUUCUCGGAGUCGUCACUCUCGCCGAGGUGGCCAGCAAAACCGUCACUGGGUCUAGUCUCACAAGCGCCGUUCGUCCUCGCAGAUACUACAAGAUCCCCAAGGAAACCCUCGAAGCCUCCCUGGAUGACCUCGAGAACUUAAUCAACUUCUUUGUCAUUGAAGCUCAGCGCAUUGUAUUUGCCGAGAACAUCCUCGUGACAGGGGCUACCUUCUUUGCCGCCUUGGUGUCGUAUUACCUCAUAAAACUCCUGCCGCUCUGGGGAUUCAUCUUGCUCAGUACCGUCGUCCUCUUCACUGCGCCUCUGAUCUACAUUGAAAACAAGGAGUUUGUCGACGCUCAAUUGGAUGAGGCCGCGAAGGUGAUUGGACAACAAACCUCUCAACUCAAGGACUUGACUGCGCAGCAUACCAGCAAAGGACUUGAUACCGUCAAGCAGUACACGGGAGCAUACACAGCCAAGGCUCAAGACUUGGUGGGCAAUAUUGGAGCAUCCCGACAAAAGAUCCCACCCCAGCCCGCCGUCAAGGCAGAAUCCUUCCCUACUGCCCCGAAGACCGAGUUGCCCAAGCCUGAGCAAGAGCCCCUCCUGGCUGAAUAGGUCGACAACGCCCGGCUGGACGGUGGAACCAGGGGUGAGUUGCAGACGACGACACGACGGAAUACGAACAUUGUGCCUGCAUGGUCCUGAAACAUCUUUGAACCGUUGCCACGGAAUUGAUUGCCUAGUCCCUCUUCGAGCAACAAAGCGAGUCAGCAUUGACGGCAGGAGUAUGUGAGGGGUGGAUGGUGGGAGUGAUUGAAGUAGUGGUUGUUAUUGUUAGAUUCACAGUGUACGAUAGACGAGUCAUUCGAAGCCAGAAAAGGGCCCCAGUCUCGUCAUGAUAUAUCUUUCUCUAUCCGGGGAGCGGUUGAAUGGUCUGCUCCGAUUGCUCUUGUAAGAUGACCGGACAAGCUCAAGGCUGUCUCAUCUGCUGAACCCAGUUGUUGGCCCACCCAGCUCCGGGAGACCUUGGCAUUCUCGACCUCCACGGAGACACCACAAAGAGAAUCUGCGUGUCCAUACGGACAUUCACAUUGAGUGAGUCCAAAGCUGCCAGGGAAGAAGGUGACUUGAUUUACUAUUGUCCUGGUUAUUUUGCAGAGUGCUAUAGCUGAAAUCAAGGACUACUGGUGCAAGCUCAUUUUGUAUAGUAGCCUCCAUUUCAUCUGGCCAAGAGAUACACGAGGAAGUCCGACGACGGGGGAUUAUCUCCGGAAUCAACGUCUGAUUCGUUCGGUAGGCUGAAGACAUCCAAAGGCAAGAGCUGAUAUGGUAACUGG